UGAGGUGAUCGUAUUUGGCCUUAGAGUGAUGCCUUUUCUCUGGAUUUGUCCUCUAGAGUUUUCCCUUGCAGAUUCAUCAAGAUGAGCAUCAGGGCCCCACCCAGACUCCUGGAGCUGGCAAGGCAGAGGCUGCUGAGGGACCAGGCCUUGGCCAUCUCCACCGUGGAGGAGCUGCCCAGGGAGCUCUUCCCCACACUGUUCAUGGAAGCCUUCAGCAGGAGACGCUGUGAAACCCUGAAAACGAUGGUGCAGGCCUGGCCUUUCACCUGCCUCCCUCUAGGGUCCCUGAUGAAGUCGCCUCAUCUGGAGUCGUUAAAAUCUGUGCUGGAAGGGGUUGAUGUGCUGCUGACCCAAGAGGUUCGCCCCAGGCAGUCAAAACUUCAAGUGCUGGACUUGAGGAAUGUGGAUGAGAACUUCUGCGACAUAUUGUCUGGAGCUGCUGCAUCCUUCCCGGAGGCUCCGAGUCAGAAGCAAACAGCAGAUAACUGUCCAGGGACAGGCGGGCAGCAGUCAUUCAUGGUGUUCAUAGACCUUUGUCUCAAGAACAGGACACUGGAUGAAUGCCUCACCCACCUCUUAGAGUGGGGCAAGCAGAGAAAAGGCUUACUGCAUGUGUGUUGCAAGGAGCUGCAGGUUUUUGGAAUGCCCAUCCACAGUAUCAUAGAGGUCCUGAACAUGGUGGAGCUUGACUGUAUCCAGGAGGUGGAAGUGUGCUGCCCCUGGGAGCUGUCCAUUCUUGUCAAGUUUGCCCCUUACCUGGGCCAGAUGAGGAAUCUCCGCAAACUUGUUCUCUUCAACAUCCAUGCAUCUGCCCGCAUUCCCCCAGACAACAAGGGGCAGUUCAUUGCCCGAUUCACCUCUCAGUUCCACAAGCUGGACUAUUUCCAGAAUCUGUUUAUGCACUCUGUCUCUUUCCUUGAAGGCCACCUGGACCAGCUGCUCAGGUGUCUCCAGGCCCCCUUGGAGAUGGUCGUCAUGACCGACUGCCUGCUGUCAGAGUCGGACUUGAAGCAUCUCUCUUGGUGCCCGAGCAUCCGUCAAUUAAAGGAGCUGGACCUGAGGGGCGUCACACUGACCCAUUUCAGCCCUGAGCCCCUCACAGGUCUGCUGGAGCAAGUUGUGGCCACCCUGCAGACCCUGGACUUAGAGGACUGUGGUAUCAUGGAUUCCCAACUCAGCGCCAUCCUGCCUGUCCUGAGCCGCUGCUCCCAGCUCAGCACCUUCAGCUUCUGUGGGAACCUCAUCUCCAUGGCUGCCCUUGAGAACCUGCUGCGCCACACCGUCGGGCUGAGCAAGCUAAGCCUGGAGCUGUAUCCUGCCCCUCUGGAGAGUUAUGACACCCAGGGUGCUCUCUGCUGGGGGAGAUUUGCUGAACUUGGGGCUGAGCUGAUGAAGACACUGAGGGACUUAAGGCAGCCCAAGAUCAUUGUGUUCUGCACCGUCCCCUGCCCUCGCUGUGGCAUCAGGGCCUCCUAUGACCUGGAGCCCAGUCACUGCCUCUGUUGAAUGCCUGCCAUCAGGGUGGAUAUAUUUCAAGCUUUCUUCUGGUCAUUUCGCAGCUGAAACCUAGGCCAUGAGUGCAUGUUAAAGGGAGCACAGACCCAUCGUUUCAAAUGCCUCCUCAGUGUGAAUGGGAAAGGAAUGAGGAUGCAGGAGGGGCAGGACUGGGGGAAAAGUUGACUUGGAGUGGAUGGGCUCUUUAGAGACCUGUGUCCCAGAGAAUCAGAAAUGGCAAUCUGAAUUGCUAGAGUGAGAAUCGGGGAGGAGAGACACAUGAGAGGGUUACCCCUGCACAGAUGGUUGUAAAGUAACAGUCAGAAAUAAAGGGAAACUGAGUG